AUGUCCCGGCGAACAACACUUCUACGCGCUGCCAAGGUCCUCAAGACUGCCUUGUUGACGUACAGGGAGAUGGUUUAUGACAUUGAUCUCACGAAGAUUGAGAGCAAGGAUGGCAUUCUGUGGCUCCGCCAGAUCCCGAAAACAAGACCUAAGCGAGUACUGAUCGGAAACUACACAAAGUCCCUCUUGCUCACCGCCAUGUGUCCAGGGAGCCGGCCUCCCAGCAAUGCGCGACACCACGGUGAGGUCCAUCUACAUGUCUCCCAUGCCCGCAUCACCCAGCCAGUCUUCCUCGCCGAGGGAGAUCUGCCCGUCCACAACCGGCUGCCCUCGGCUCCUAAGUCGUAUCGGUGCCACAAGAUCGACGAGGACUGUUUGCUGGCAGAUGUGCACCAGGCGGCCCAGGCUGCCAACGAAGUCUACCAGAGAUUCCUCUUCCCCUUUGUCGAUGUUACAUGUCUAUUCGUUGCUGACAUUGGCAGACCCGACCGAGCCAUAGAGUGCCUGGCCUCAUGGGCUGCGACGGAGCCGUCAUCCACGUCACCCAUCCGCCCGGUGUUGCUCGUCGUGGUGCCGAGGGAGCACAACCAGCGGAUGCGCGGGGAACUAGCCCGCAUGAGCCAGCAGGCGGGCCCGGCAUCGCUGACUCGUCUUUUCCAGUCCAUUGUUAUCGUAACAUUCUCGCCAACCCAACGUAGGAUGUGGCAGAGAAAGCAAUUAGGAACCCUUCGGAGGAAAGUCCAUGAGGCUAUCUGCGUCGUCCACCGCGAGCGGCGCGACAAGAGCUUCCUCUUUUCCGCUCGUCAUACUGUCGCAUUCCUCCAAGCGGCAUCGCAGGAUCUAGGUAGGUCGCCGCGGUCGCCGGUAGACUCGAUCCAGAUGGCGCGCGCAGCCAACCCUGUUGCUUCCGAUCUAGCAACACACCUCACACACUUCUUCCGAGGACACGCCGAAGCCACCCUGGAGUCGUGUGCUGUUCCCACCGCCGCCUCAAGCCUCCUGCUAGACCAGUAUCCUCCUGGGAUGCACCAUUUCGCUCCCCCUGACGUAUUUCGUUCCUUGUACCGUGAUGCCUGCGCCCAAACCGCCCUUGCGCUGGACGAGAUUCGAGCGGCCGCUGGGAUGCCGCUGCUGGCGUUUGACCUCUGUCGGCGUCUAGAGCACAGUAUGACCGAGCAAUUCUCACAGGUUCAGCGCCUUGGUUUGGCACGAGAAGUCCAUCGCCAGCAUCUGACGGGUGUCCAGCGGCACCGCCAGCUCCCGUCCUCGGAAAGCACCUGCUUCGUUUGUGCCCGACGUAGACCCCAGUAUUGCCUGCCCUGUACGCACUGGGUAUGCCAGACAUGCGUCUGUACCUUUGCCCGCGCCGAUGCGGCCGAUCCGUAUCUGUUCCACGCUGACGAGUGUCUGCUGUGCGGCGCAACGGCAGGGACCUGCAUCCGCGUCCGACCCGCCACCGCCACCACACGCAUCCUAAGCAUCGAUGGUGGCGGCACAAGGGGACGCGCUCCGCUCGAGUUCCUCAGUGUCCUGCAGCUCGCGUUCGAGACAUCUCGCUACACGCGCAUCGUGCGGUCGCUCUUCCGCGCCGCGCCCUUCGUGGCGCCUGCCGUGGAGCUCGUGAAAUCCCUGCUUGUCGAUUACAAGUAUGCCGCCGACUAG